AUGAAAAUCUCCAAGAAUCUGAGCAAAAAUCCAAGCCCCCAUCCCCGAAAAAGGACAAGCCCCGAGGGUCCCGGAGCGGUGGGGGGGCGGGGGAGACCGCGGACGGCGGACGGCGGGAGGGAGAAACAAAGCACAGAAUACCAGCGUCAUGGCGUCAGUGAGCUAAGCGACCGCGCGGGCGAAACCCAGGAGAGCGGGGAGCACACACGGCGUGGAGAAACGGCAUGCAAAGAUUUCGCGCCUCUCCCGCCGGCACCGCCCCCCAGCCCGCCCGUGGAAGCUCAGCCGGCACCGCGUCCCCACCGCCCCCUGAGCCUGCCGCCAUUGGCGCCGGCCCCGGCGCAUGGCACGGCCCCCGGCAGCCCCGGUCCCCACGGCAGCGCUGUUUAUCCCGCCGCGCCAGCAGCUGGCGCUUUAACCCCUUCAGUACCACCACCCUGCGAAUGUAUUUGUCCCUGCCCAUCCAGUGCCCAGAGGAGCAGAUGGACUUACAUAAAGGAACAAGCGUCAACAGCUGAUGAUUUGAAUUUGGUUAAAGCAUUUCCCGUAUUUUAUCACCCCAACAAUCACCCCGUCUGGGAACCAAUCCCCCUCCCAGUUCUGAAAGAUACAAAACAAGCUAUUACUGACUAUGGGUUAAAUUCACCUUAUGUGAUAAGGGUACUUGGUUCACUUUUUGCUGCUUACACAUUCACUCCAAAUGACAUAAGGGAUUUAAUAAGUGCUUUCUUCACUAAUAUGCAAGCAACACUUUUCCUAGACGAAUGGCAAACUCGUAUUCGCCAGCACGCCCAGCAAACCUCAGCAAUCACAGGGACCCCAGUCCUGGAGUCCUUUAAUAGACUUUUCGGAGUGGGACCUUAUAUUUCCAAUGAGGCCCAAAUCAAAAUUCCUAUGAAUGAAUCGGACAUUUCAAAAAAUCUAGCUUUCCAGGCUAUUCAAACCAUUGCUGAGGCUGCGGAACCUACACCUUCAUACACACAAGUACAACAAAAACCAACAGAACCAUUCAUAGACUUUGCAGAAAGACUAAAGAAAGCCAUUGCUAAACAAGUUAAACACCCAGAAGCUCAGGAUGCACUAUUUUUAAAGUUGGCUAUAGAGCAAUCUAAUGAUGAUUGCCAACAAAUACUAAGAACUCUUAGGGAUCCUACCCCUAUGGACAUGGUCAAGGCAUGUCGUAAUGUGGGGUCUAAUUCUCAUAAAGCAAGACUAAUAGCUGAAGCUUUAGCUGGACCACAAACCUGUUUUCACUGUGGUGAGACAGGACAUAUAAAAAAAAUCUGCCCACAAUUAACUACAAAGACUGAGCUUCCCAAGACGCCGUGCAAACGAUGUGGGAAAGGCAGACACUGGACUAAAGAUUGCCGCUCCCUUACUAACAUUUAUGGACAACUGCUACCCCCGAAAAAGUCACCAGACUUGAGGAGAAAAGUGACUUUUAAUUCAAUGCCAGAUCUUAAACAGUGCACCUGUGAACUGUCAAGAAACACGGCAGCACCCCCUCAACCGCGUUCCAUCCUGCAUAGCCCAUCCCUUCAACAAGUGCCAGGAAACCACAGCAAUCCCUGCAGUUCCCUUAUCACGUGAUCCCAAUCCUAAAUUCUCCCUUCUAACAUGUUCUGCUUACUUUCCAGGAUCUCAUAGUCCACAGAAGACCACUAUCACUAAGCUUUUAGACACCAUGGAGCAGUGGCAUCUCGGGCUGGAAACAAUUUUUAGCGGGGGAGUCUCUCAGCAAAUGCAGCUGUCCACUUGCUUUGAAAUUUUGCUUUGUCUGUUUGUUUUGUUACAAACUAUUUCUUGUAUCACAGCAUGCUGCAAGAAGGACUAUCACAACAGGCAUUUUUCAAACUAAUAAGAAAGGGUGAGAUGUAGAGAAGCAAGAUUCAUGAUGGGAACAGUUAAAAGCAUACAGCAAUUGGCAGGACUUUCAUAUGGACUUUACUGUUAUUAUGUGGUUUCUACACAGUGCACAACUGCACAUGCCCAGGCUUCCUCCUCCCCCUUUUGCCUGUGCCCUAUUCUGAUUUGCUCUGUCUGAUAGCCCACCCUAUGUUCUGCCCCCUUUUCCCUGGCGGGACGGUUAAGAAUCGGACACACGCCUGAAUAAAGAAUUCUGCUUGCACCCUU